AUGAGUAUCCACACAAGAGAGAAGUGGCACACAUGCGAUCAAUGCGACAAAAUGUUUCUGUGGGCUUCAGUCCUGAAGAAUCACCUGAGAGUUCAUACAAAGGAGAAGCCACAUUCAUGUCAUUUGUGUGGAAAGAGUUUUUCACGUCUACAAACUUUGAAAGAACAUCAGAUGAUGCAUACUGGUGUGAGAGAGUACAUGUGCUUUGAGUGUGAGAAGACUUUUACUACAGCAAACUUUUUAAAACAGCACGAGAGGAUUCACACCGGAGAGAAACCAUAUAAGUGUUCACACUGUGACAAGAGAUUCAAUCAGUCAGGAAAUCUGAAAACGCACGAGAAGAUCCACACUGGAGAGAAACUGUACAAGUGUUCACACUGUGACAAGAGAUUCAAUCAGUCAGGAUACCUGAAAACACAUGAGAGGAUCCACACUAGAGAGAAACCUUACAAGUGUUCACACUGUGACAAGAGAUUCAGUCAUUCAUCACAUCUGAAAACACACGAGAGGAUCCACACUGGAGAGAAACCAUAUCACUGCACUGCAUGUGGGAAAAGCGUGUUGGAGCCUGAGCCGGUGCGGGCGUGCCCGGCGGGCUCCAGCACAUAG